AUGGCUUCUGAGCCACCGCCGCCUCCACCGCCGCCUCAUGGCCAGAACCCGCGCACUUCGUCCGGCCUGCCUCCGGGAAACUACGACAUCUUCAUCAUCCCACCUCAUUCCGCCGGAGGAGGCUUCCUCUACCUACCCUCACUACAGCCUCAGCGCAACAGCUUUCUCGCCGGGGUCGCCUGUACGCUCCUCGCCGUCACGCUCUAUACCCUAUCUUUGCCGAUAUUGAAACAAUGGUUCGCGCUGGUGAUGGCUGGAGGUGGAGGCAUCGGGGUGUUGGGUUUGGUAGCAGCCGUCGGCGUGGGGGCUUGGGCGAUCGGCAAGACACAGGCGGAGACAUCAAAGGGACCCCGGGAGAGGAAGGAGAGCGAUGCCGGACCGACUCCCCAGGGCAGCUAUACUGGUCAACAGCAACAACAGCAGCAGCAUCAACAUCAACAUCACUAUCAACAGCAUAAUUAUCCUGGCGCACCACCUCCGAACUUCCACUCCCAGCCACCUCCUCCACCUCCGCCCCAGCCCGAAUAUCACCAGAGACCAUCAACACCACCGCCGCCGCCACCGCCGCCGCCUCCACCACCACCCGCACCCGAACCGGAGCCAGAGGCAGCAGCACCGCCGCCGCCGCCACCACCUCCACCGCCUCCGCCUCCGCCUCCGCCUCCACCCCCUGAACCACAAUCACCUCCUCCGCCCCAACCUCGCACAAAUCCGCACGCCGCGAGCGGGUGGGAAAAGGCGCGAGAGGAGACACGGAAACGCGAAGAAGAGCGGCGGCGCGCAGAAGAGCUCCGCAAAAAACGAGAAGAAGCCCAGAGGAUCCGUGAAGAGGCCGAAAGAGCCGCCAAAGUCAAGGCCGAGAAGGAGAAAUGGGAGCAAGCCCGGGCCCGCGAGAAGGAGGCCCGAGAGAAGGAGGCCCGGGAACGGAUCGAUCGCGAGCGCCUCGCCCGCGCCAAAGAAGCCCGCGAGAAGGAGGCCAAGGAGCGGGAAGCUCGCGAGAAGGCCGAGAAGGAAAAGGCCGAACGCGACAAAGCGGUCCGCGAUCGCCUCCAACAGCUCGAACGCGAGAAGGCCGAACGGGACCGCGCCGACCGCGAGAAAGCCGAACGGGAGAAGGCCGAACGAGAGAAAGCCGAGCGAGACAAGGCCGAACGCCUGGAACGCCUGGAGCGCGAGAGGGCGCAACAGCAAGCGGCCGCUGCAACGGCGGCCGCCGCAGCAUCCGCCAGCGGCCGAUCGAACCCCGCCAAACCGGCCGCCUACCAACAGCCCUCGGCCCGGUCGCACGUCGGCACCGAAGACGAGCACUCCUACCGGCCCUACGACUCCCCGCGCGGCCCCCCGUCCAAGGCCUUCACCCACCACCCCGGCGGCGCCGGCAGCAGCAUCUCCGGGCGCAGCGAGAGCAGCUACGCGGCGUCGCACAGCACCGCGCGCACCACGCCGCCGCCCUCCCACCGCGGGCCCUACUCCACCGACGACCCGAUGAAGAUCCAGAUCCGCGCCGUCUACCUGUUCAGCGACAACUUCCCGGGCAAGCCGCGGGCCCAGCUGGUGUCCGGCCAGGGCCCGGUCACGGACGGGCUGGUGCUGCGCAUCGAGACCGAGGGCCUGUUCAUCGACGACGACGUCCGCGGCGUGCCGCAGCGCGAGUGGGACGUCAAGGCCUGGACCCUGAAGUCCGUCGAGAGCUCCGGCCGCGUCAAGGUCUCCGGCCACGGGCCCAUGGGCCCCGCCGCCAACGGCGUCCUGCACGUCAUCCGCGCCUCCCUCCGCGACGGCGAGAACCGCCGCUACCUCUUCGUGCUGGAGGACCGCGAGGCCUGGAAGGUCGACACCGGCCUCGUCCGCCUGAAGAAGGGCAGCCAGGUGCGGAGCCUCAGCGUCACGGGGAUUAAGGACGCCGACGCCAGGACCCUGCUGGCCGGCCUGGGCUGGUUGUGA